AUGGCGGCACAGGUUGUUCCAGUCCUCACGAAACUCUUCGAUGACUACCAGAAGACGACCUCGUCGAAGCUGAAGAUCAUCGACGCCUACAUGACGUACAUCCUGUUCACCGGAAUCUUCCAGUUCAUCUAUUGUCUGCUUGUCGGUACUUUCCCAUUCAACUCGUUCCUCUCCGGAUUCAUCUCCACUGUCACGUCGUUCGUUUUAGCUUCGUGCCUCCGAAUGCAAGUAAACCAAGAGAAUCGUUCCGAGUUCACCGCCGUCUCCACCGAACGUGCCUUCGCUGACUUCAUCUUCGCCAACCUCAUUCUCCACCUCGUCGUUGUCAACUUCUUGGGAUAA